UUAAUGAGAAACCGCUACGGUGAGCCUACUGAACCAAGAGGCAGGUUUCGUCAGCAAUUCCCAGUAAAUCAUGGUUCAGAUUAUUAAAGACGUGGAUGAAUUAAAAACAUUUUUGAAAGCUGCCGGAUGCAAACUUGUGGUGGUUGAAUUCUCAGCAAAAUGGUGUGGUCCUUGCCAAAGGAUGUAUCCUCUUGUUCAUGCAAUGUCUCUGCAGUACCGAAAUGUAAUGUUUGCUAAUGUGGAUGUGGAUGAUUCUCGGGAGUUGGCCCAAACUUAUCAUAUCAAAGCAGUACCCACAUUUCAGAUGUUCAAGCAGGCCCAGAAGGUAACCCUAUUCUCAAGACUCAAAAGAGCAAUUUGCUGUAAUGGAAGUGGAUUCAUGGGCGAGCCGAUUUUUGAAUUUUGUGGAGCUGAUGCUCAAAAAUUGGAAGCAAAGAUUCGAGAACUAAUGUAAGCCGAUCUCCGAGAUAAAAUACACUUGCAACAUCUUAAAAGGC